AUGUCGAACCCAACCAUCCCUAGUUCCGAGGCCGAGCUCAAACAUCUCGAGAAGAGCCUUCGAAAAGAGUCCAAAGACGAGGCGAAACAGGUGAAGCACAUCCUCCACGACGUUUCACACGCGGAGAAGACCGCAUCCAAAGCGGAGAAGGUCGAUCCAGUUGCUCGUGCCUCCCCGCUGUUAGCUGAUCCCAACGACCAGGCAUUUAACAAGGCUGAGAAACAAAACGAGAAACUCGGUCGUAACGAAGCCAGCGCGGCGGAUGCCCUAAAUAAAGCGACACACGAACAUAAUCGCGCGGUCAACGAACUGGAGACGUCGGAGCGAGAUGUGAAGCUCAAACAACAACAAGACGUGAAGCUACAUGCGGAGUUGGAGAAGAAGAAGACGCAUGCGGAGCAGCUAAUGGAAGGUCAAAGGAUUCAUGAAGCAGCAAGGGAGGCUAAGUUGAACGAGAUCAAGGAGGCGAGGGGGGCUGUAUAG